AAAAUACAAUGUAUUUGUUUGUCGAGUCGUGCUAACGUGUGUUUUGAACUAAUUAACCAACAUGGAAUUUAAAUCUUUGAGCCAUUACAGUAUACCGAGUCACGUGCUGAUGCGAAUGUUCGGGUACUUGGCGACGAUGACGGUGCAAGGCGUGAACGGGCUCAUCAUGCUGAGCAGCUUCCGUGGAGACGCGAUGAGAGACACGAAAGUACUACUCUACUACAACAACCAGACCAGGUUCAUAAGCUGCUGGACCUUUGUGUUUCAGAUUGUAUACGCGGCUAUUGCACUAGCCUCCGAUGUCGUUACAUUUAAGAAAGAUAAAAAACACAUCGAACAUUUGCAAAGAUUAGUGACGAUCCGAGACGUGUUCUUCAGCAGUAUCAUCGUACCGUAUUCAUUGGUCGUCUCAACUGAAUUCUGGGCGAUAUACCUGUACGAUCGGAAUUUGAUAUUGCCCAGUUUCAUGAAUAAAAUCAUCAGUCCGUUGUCGAACCACAUCGUUCACACGUGCGUGGUGCCGACCGUGCUCUUCGAGAUGGCGCUGAGACCUCGAAAGACCCCGAAGUCUCACAAGUGGAACCUCUCUGUAUUGGCGGUCGUCACGCUCGUCUAUUUGUGUGUAUUACUUUACUCAUAUUACGAAGGCGGAAAAUGGCCUUAUCCAAUAUUAACCUACCUCCAAGGAACAAUUUACUUUAAAAUUUUCGUUAUCGGAACAUUACUAUCGCUACCAGCGUGGUAUUACAUGCAAUGGUGUAUCACGAAGAUAAUUUGGCGGGAGGAUUGCUUAGAAAAAGAGAAAAAUACACUUUAGAUUGUGCCCUGAAAGCGACAUCUAGUCAAUAAUAAAAUCAACUUUUACUAAUUUAAACCGAUAUUAGUUUCGUUUCAAACGUGAACGAUAGAUGGCGCUGUCAUUAAUUAUUUCAGAUCUUAAAAUUAAAAUCUGAAAGCUAUGCAAUAUUAAUCCGCAUAAAUGUAAUUUAAAAACUACAGGAACAGGCUUGAAUAAAAAGCCGAACUUAACUAAGCCUUAAUUAGUACUUUCCUCAGAAUUCAGUAGUAAAAUUCAAGUUAUUUUAAUGAAAUCAAAACUGAAAUGUUCAUAACAUCUAAACAAUCACAAUGGUUUUAUAGUUUUGGGAAGGGACUUUUUGUAACGCCAUCUCGUGAAAUUUGUUGGUACUACAAAACAAAAAUAUGUCCCUGUAACAAUGCAAGUAUCUAAAAUAUUUAGGUACUAGAUGGCAUUAUUCUAAACUUUGUGUACCAAGCAUUUAAUAAUAUUUUUGCGUAAAAUCGUGUUUUUAUUAAAAACCCGUUACAAUGUAUUCUAGUCGUUUCCCAGAUGCAAUUUAUUUUAAUAACAUCCAUAAAAAUAGCAUGUUUAGUUGUAGUUUUCUAGAAAAAUCUCAAUAAUGUAUAUAAUCUCUAUUAAUUAAAUAAAAAUGAAUUGCUGUUCGUUAGUCUCGCUAAAACUCGAGAAUGGCUGAACCGAUUUGGCUAAUUUUGGUCUUGAAUUAUUUGUGGAACUCCCGAGAAGGUUUAAAAGGCAGAUAAAUAUGAAAAUGCUUGAAAUUAAAUAAAAAUAACAAUUCUGUUUUCCCAUUGAUGUCCCCCCGUCAGACGGAUUCCUUUUCUUUGUGUCUUUUAUUUAUCGAUUAAGGCACUACGAAGUCUGCCGGGUCAGCUAGUAUUAUAACAAAAAUAACGAGUUAAGCACGCAAUACCGUCUUUACCAUAAGGGCACACGGGGCCCGUGCCCAGGGCCCCAUUCUCAAGGGGCCCCGAAAGACCGACAAUUUCUCUCACACGUUUAUUCUCAAAACAUUUUUGUCGGUCACAUUACACUUUUUUCAAAAAUCAGUAAUCAGAAGGCAUAAUAAUAUACUAUGCCUAUAAUAGAAGAUUUUGCUCAACAGAAAUCCCGAAAGAAACCGUUAUCGAAAUCGUAACCAAAAAACCAGCAGCAUUCUAAUAUAAUUAAUGACAUAUUAUAUCAUACUGUAUUUGAUUACCUAUAAUAAAUGGUCUCAUACUCAGUAAAAAAAUGUUAUUAUAAUUCGCUUUUUUUACUUUCCAAAAGAGCCUCAAAUUCUUGUGUGCCCAAGGGCCCCAUCCUAGUUUAAGACGUCCCUGUAAGCACGCUUUUGUGCUAUAUUAUUCUAAUAUAAUGUAUAAAAUUAAGUAUCAACUAUUAAGAGCAUCGUAACUUAGCAAAAUUCAAUAUAUUAAUAAAUGUAUUACAAACGAAA